UCAUAAUCAUGUUCACUAUUUAGUAUUUACAAAAUUUUUAAUUCUGUAGACGUUUAAGCACACCAUAACAAAAAUUAAAUGAGCAUCUUAACUAAUGAUUACCAUCCAACUAGCGACAGUCAAUUAUUAGAAGUUGAAAUUCUAUUGUUGGAUAUUUUAAUGAAAGUGGAAGCCAGUGGGAGUCAGUGACAAAAUGGAGAUAGAGGACAUAGAUGAGAAGACGCUGACGACGACGAUAAGGCUUCCAGAAAGGAUGAGGACUAGCAUGAUAAUCCCGAUAUCAAAGAAGACCUUCUUCAACACAAAUUGGAAGCCAAAAGCAGCUCCCCUCUGCGCCUACGACAUGCUGUACCACCCACCUGACUACAAUCCUAAGUCAGCUCGCUCCGAUCGACAGGAACCUAAAAUCAUCAGAAAAAAUAUUUGGGACCAAGAACGCCACAAGCUAAUACCAUGUACUACCCACUUUGUCCAUGGAAGACCGACAUGGCCAAUCCUGGAUCGUCCCACUAAACAGUUUGUUAGGAUUGUCGUCAAAAAUCAGAAUCCUCAUAUGCGUAUCAACCAUGUACUGAAUUGGGCUGAAGUAGCCAACGAAGGAUUGAUGUCAUUCUGUAUAUAACCGACCUCCGGAUUGGACUGUACCCUUAGUAUGAGUUUGGUUUGGUUUCGACGCUCUGAUUGGCCGGCUCGAAUAAACCAACCAAUCAGAGCGGCCAACGCGCUCUCGUUUCGGUUACUUUAAACGUAAAGCAAACUCAUACUAAGGGUACUGAUGACCAUUCUUUGUUAAGAUUUGUGGAUAAACUGAAGAUAAAGUUAAAGUAAAGAAAUAAAUUAUUUCUUUUUAUUUUUGCAAUUUUAUUUAUCACUAAUCGUUUAGUCUUGUGUUGUGUUACCUUUUGACGUUCAAAAGUGCCCUGGUCUAUUUGAAAUAAACAAUUUUGACUUGA